UAUGAAAGUGGCAGCCUUUUGGCACAAAGUGCACCUACAGCAGAAGUAUCUGAUACCCAGUGUGAUCACUUUAAUUGGCAAGUUUAUUUCUAGACAGUGUGAUUUGGUAAGAGAAUUCUACUCCACAUGCCUGCAAGGAGAAGUGCUGAUAUCAAGAUGAAAAACCAGAUACCUCUCAUUCUCCUAGCUUGUGGCUCCUUUAAUCCUAUCACAAACAUGCACAUGCGUUUAUUUGAGCUUGCCAGAGAUCACCUCCAUCAAACAGGAAGAUACCGCGUGAUUAAAGGCAUAAUUUCUCCAGUCAGUGACAACUAUAGAAAGAAAGGUUUAGCUUCUGCAAAGCACCGGAUAGCAAUGGCUCAGCUCGCAGUGGAGACAUCAGACUGGCUUAGAGUGGAUCCAUGGGAAAGUGAGCAGGAGACAUGGACAGAGACAGUAAAAGUGCUGAGGUACCAUUACAAUGAAUCCCUUGGGCCGCUUGAUUUCAGGAAGGGACUCAUGAGAAACAAUAGCCCCGUACAAAGAGCUACUGCUGAUUCCCUUUCUUCGCAGCACACAGUUCUACCACAGUUAAAGCUGCUUUGUGGAGCUGAUAUUUUGAAGACAUUUAAGACACCCAAUCUCUGGAAGGAGGAACAUAUUAAAGAAAUAGUAGAAAAGUUUGGUCUGGUUUGCAUUAGCCGUGCUGGCUGUGAUCCGAUGCAGUACAUCAAUGAAUUGGAGCUUUUAAGGAGAUUCGAGCAUAACAUCCACCUGGUCAGAGAAUGGAUUCAGAAUGAAAUCAGUGCCACACAGAUACGACUUGCAUUAUGCAAAGGAUUAAGUGUGAAGUAUCUCAUUCCAGACUCUGUAAUUUCAUAUAUUAAACACCAUAAUAUCUACACAGAAGAGAGUGGGCAGAAAAAUGAAGGGGGCUUGCUUCAGCCUCUUAAACAGCACAACAUGUCAGUCAACACUCUAAAAGAUUGACGUCUGUUCCAUCAACAGGAAAGAAGAUGCCAAAGGAUUCAUUUUUUGCACGUGCAAAGCUAGUUAUGGGGAACUGUUGUAUUGUGACUGUUGCAUUUCUUGAAAGCUUACAAUUUUAUACAGAAAAAGUUCAAAUUAGAGAAGUUGUUUUGGAUCCAUGCUUUUCUAAGGUGUUAGGUACUGUGGGCCAUAGUAGUUUUAAGAUCUUCAGUUGAGUUAAUUCAUUAAAGAACAAGAUAAUGGUUAUUAUGUCACUUUAUUUGUGUUUUCAAAAUAAGUAUUAAAAUCUCCAGUAAUGGCAAGGGUUUGCUGUGCUGACUAAAAUGGCUUCAGUGGCUGUGUUUAGUACUUUCUUCUACGGCAGUCCUCUCAUGCCAGGGACUGCUCAAAUGUGAAAGUGUCUCAGCUGUUCCCAGCAGUGAGAAUGAAAUUAGUCAUAUUUUUCAAUGAACUGUGCUAAAAAUAUACAUGUUAUCACAACAUUUCUACUUCCCAGGAUCCUAUGUGACUUCAUUAACUAGUACUGCCCAAAAUAUGUAUGUGGGUUGGCAGACUUGGAAAGAGAUCAGAAAUAAAGGCCAGGUUCAGGCAAGCAAUUAAUUCAAGUCCUGUGCAUAAAAUAUUUAAGGGGAGUUUCCUGUAAUCCAUUAGAUCAGUCUGCAUUAGUUUGGUCAUCUGAUAUAACUUACAGCAGCCAGUUGAUAGGUCAGUCAGGAAUCAUGGGAUACAGGCAAGUCCCCUACGAUAGCAGAAGGGAGAGUUAUUGUGAAUGUCUGUCUAGACACCUGCCUAUUCCUUCUGUUCUUGCUCAUUUUCCUUCCUACUGGGUUUUCCUGCAGAGAUCUCUCAAAGCUGCUCAAGCCUCAUAAUGCCAGGCAAGGUUUUGAAAGGUGGUUGUAUUAGUAAUGAAUGGAAGUGGUAAAAUUUGUCUGCCACUUUGUCUACUAGUUUCCUAAACAUAGACUGAGUUGGAAAGACUCUCAAAUGCGUGUGUCAAGUAAGAAGUUGUUCAAAGGACUGUUUGUGCUAUUUUUGUCAUGCAGUUCAUUUUUUACAAUGAGAUUGUACCAUGCUUUGGCUUUUAAAAUACAUCCUUCAUUCUAUUUUCUAUGCAUCACUCAGAAAUUACAAUAA